AUGUACAAAUAUGGUAUAACUGCAGAUAUAGAAGCUAUGUUCUUACAAGCUCGUGUAACGCCUGGGGAUGUUGAUGCAUUGAGAUUCCUAUUUUGGCCUGAUGGAGAUUUGACAAAAACUCCUGUCGAUCAUCAGAUGUUAGUGCAUUGUUUUGGAAAUACAUCAAGUCCAUUUUGUGCAAAUUACUGUUUAAGGAGAACUGCAGAGGAUUUUGGAAAGGACUUCCCAUCGGAUAUAAGUGACAAUAUCAAAGAUAAUUCAUAUAUAGAUGACUUCCUACUUGGAGCAGAUAGUAUAUCUGAAGGGAAGAGAAUUGUCAAGCAAACCUCAGAACUUACUGAAUGUGGAGGUUUUCAUUUAAACAAAUGGAGGAGUAAUUCAGAAGAAAUUAUUUCUUGUGUUCCAGAAAAGGAUAGAGCACAAAUUCAAGCAAACGUAAAUUUAGACCCAAAUCGUGUUGAACGAGUUUUGGGAGUUGUGUGGUUCGUGAUAGAAGAUUGCUUUGGAUUUAAUACAAAGCUGAAGACAAAACCUGCUACGAAAAGAGGAGUUCUAGCAAUUCUUAGUUCCGUAUUUGAUCCCAUGGGUAUUGUAUCACCUGUGAUAUUGCAAGCAAGACUUAUAUUCCAAGAGUUAUGUCGUCAACAAUUGGGAUGGGAUGAAACUAUCGGAGAAAAUGAACAAAUAGCAUGGGAAAGCUGGACUAAAGCAAUUCCAGAAUUAUCAGAAGUCAAAUUACCAAGAUACAUUAAACCGAAUUCAUUUGGGGUAAUUGUUUCACAAGAAUUACAUCAUUUUGGCGAUGCAUCACAAGUUGCCUAUGGAUCAGCUUCAUAUUUGAGGUUAUCAGAUGAAAACGGUCGAAUACACUGUUCAUUUUUACUUGGAAAAUCAAGAUUGUGUCCUAUCAAGACAAUAUGUUCACUUCCACGGCUGGAAAUUACAGCUGCUGCGCUUUGUGUGCGAGUGGAUAUGUUUUUAAGACGUCAAUUAAAAUUUGAGAAGAAUGUUAAGUCUAUAUUCUGGAGUGAUAGCACAGCUACUAUCCAAUCAAUUUACAAUUCGUCGAAAAGAUUUCCUACUUUCAUAUCUAACCGAUUAGCAAAAAUUGAAGAAGGUUCAGAGCCACAUCAAUGGCGUUAUGUUCCAAGUGAAUUGAACCCAGCGGAUUAUGCAUCCCGUGGAAUGACAGCAAAGAAAUUGAUUGCAAAGAAAUCAUGGUUACAAGGACCAGAAUUUCUCUACCAGAAUGAAGAGAACUGGCCACAAAUGCCAGUUAAAUUACCAGAUUUACCAUUGGAAUUUAUUCUGAAGAAGCCAGUUAACGUUCUAGUGAAUCUAGUGACAGAGAAUGAACCAUUGGACAAGUUCAUCAACUAUUAUUCUUCAUGGUAUAAGUUGAAGAAAGCUACAGCAUGGAUUAUCAGAUUCAAAAUUUAUUUACAAGCUAAACCAACUGUUCAAAAGGGUGAAUUGCAAACAGAAGAGUUGAGAAGAUCCGAAAAUGAGCUGAUAAAGUAUUUACAAAAUAGUGAGUUGAAUAACGUUAUUGCAAAGUUACAAAAUUCUGAUGUACAAGGGAAAAGUGUGCUUAGAAAUUUGAAAAUUGCAACUUCAAUGCAAAAGUUGAAUCCUGUUUUAAUUAAUGGAAUAUUGAGAGUGGGUGGAAGAUUGCAAAACGCACCCAUAGAAUUUGAUUUGAAACAUCCAAUAAUACUGCCAAGUAACCAUCAUAUCACACAGUUGAUUGUCAGAGAAUACCAUAAAAGUUCACAUCAUUGUGGAGCAAGUCAUACAUGGAAUUUGCUGAGACAGAAGUUCUGGAUUAUCAAUGGAGCUGUUGUUGUAAAGCGAAAUAUUCGUAAUUGCAUAUUUUGCAAAAAGAGAAAUGCUUCGAUGGGUAAGCAAUUUAUGGCUGACCUACCUAAAGAGCGUGUGACACCAGAUCAACCACCAUUCACAUGUGUUGGAGUUGACAACUUCGGACCGUUGUUGGUGAAGCAAGGAAGAAGUUCUGUGAAGAGAUGGGGCUUGAUAAUAACCUGUGCAACAACUAGAGCAGUGCAUUUGGAAAUUGUGCAUAGUAUGGAUGUCAAUUCAUUUAUUAAUGGAUUAAGAAGAUUCAUUGCCAGAAGAGGCAAGAUGUCAACCAUUAUAUGUGAUAAUGGGAGCAAUUUUACAGCUGGAAAUAAAGUGUUGAAGAAAGAAAUUCAAAUUUGGAAUUCCAGCAAAAUGGGAGAAUUUUGCAGACAAAGUGAUAUCAUAUUCAAGUUCAAUCCUCCCACAGCUUCACACUUUGGAGGUUUCUAUGAAAGACUCAUCAGAUCAGCAAGAAAGAUAUUGACUGCAUUAUUGCAUGAUCAAUUGGUUACUGAUGAAGCGUUGUCUACUAUAUUUUGUGAAGUUGAAAGUCAAUUGAAUUCAAGACCACUUACACCUAUUAGUAUGGAUCCUUUCGAUGAAGAACCACUUUCACCAAAUCAUUUAUUGUUGCUGAAGCAUAAAGCAAAUUUACCACCAGGAAUAUUUGACAAGAAAGAUUGUUAUGCAAGAAGAAGAUGGCGUCAAAUACAAUAUUUGGCUGACCAAUUCUGGAUAAGAUGGUCCAGAGAAGUACUUGUCAAUCUACAAGCUCGACAUAAAUGGUUGAAGAAGGAAGACAAUUUCAAAGUCAAUGAUCUUGUGUUACUGGUUGACAACACAAUACCAAGAGGGAAGUGGUUGACUGGCAGAAUUAUGGAAGUUAUACCAGACAAAUUUGGAGCUGUCAGACAAGUGACUGUCAAAACUUCUCAUGGGUUUUUAAGAAGACCAAUAGCAAAACUUUGUAUGAUUCAGAGAGCUGAUGAGUAA